AUCUGAUUCACAUUCAAUUCUUCUUAGACAUCGUCUUCUUGAUCGGCAACGGGCCCUCGUACAGGUACAUUCGUGAUUCAUUGAGAGCAAGGCUGCUGACACGAACUCAGACACUGCUUGGUCGUCGAUACUCGCUCUUGUGUGAGCCUAGGCUUUGAGCAUUCUCUCAGAGCCAGCUUCCAGGUCUCUGCUUCAAGAUGGAGGCCGCAGCGCCGUCGUCGCCGCUCGCAUCACCGGCAGCUCAACAGACUGCCGCGUUCAUCCCCACAAUGGAUUCGCACGAGGAGGCAACGACGAGCAACAGCGCUGCCCCAUCCACAGAAGCUGCUAACGGUGGCACGGCAGCACGCCCAACGUCAGCGGAUGUUUCAAGUAGCGCAGGCUCAGCUUUGACGAGUGCAAGAUUGCACGCUUACUCUCCAUCGCAGGCGAGUAGACAUGAAAAGGUCAUACUGCUCGGUGUUGCGGCGAGGGAUAGAAAGGCGAGAAGCAAGCCCAUGAGCCAGAUUCUGAAUCGUAUCAUCAGCAACAAGGAAAUCGCUUGCCAGAUUGUAAACUUCGGUGACAAGGUGUUGCUGGACGAGCCGCCCGAGUCAUGGCCAGUGGUGGAUGUACUCAUCUCCUUCUUCUCGGAUGGCUUUCCUCUGGACAAAGCGAUAGCGUAUGCCGAUCUGCGCAAGCCAGUACUAGUCAAUGAUCUGCGGUUCCAGGCCGUGCUGUGGGAUCGGCGCGCAGUGCUGGCCAUACUGGACUCUGCAGGCGUUCCGACACCCAGACGUUUGGAGGCGGACAAGGACGGAGGACCAGUGUUGGACAAGAAGGUGUUGGAGGAUGUCAAGAAGCGGCUCGGGCUCGAAUUCAGAAAGAGACCAGUAAAAAAUGCGCGCUUGAAGGAGAACGAUGUGGACACGCUGAUCGUGGGCGAUCAAGAAAUUAGUAAACCUUUCGUGGAGAAACCGGUCAGCGGCGAGGAUCAUAAUGUGCACAUCUACUUUCACUCCAGCAAAGGCGGUGGUGGCAGGAGGCUUUUCAGAAAGGUUGGCAACAAGUCUUCAGAGUACGAUCCGAACCUCGUACAACCGCGCACAGACGGCUCGUACAUCUACGAAGAGUUCAUGGAUGUGGACAACGCCGAGGACGUCAAAGUGUACACAAUUGGACCUUACUUUGUGCACGCCGAAACCAGAAAGUCGCCCGUGGUUGACGGCUUGGUGAAGCGCAAUCCGGACGGCAAGGAGAUCCGCUACAUUACCAAACUUACAGAGGCUGAGGUCAAGAUGGCAACCAACAUCUCCAAGGCAUUCAAGCAGAAUAUUUGCGGCUUUGAUCUGCUUCGCGUGGGAGACAAGAGCUACGUCAUCGAUGUGAAUGGCUGGAGCUUCGUCAAGGGCAACGACUUCUAUUACGACAAGUGCGCCUCAAUCCUAGCUAGCUUUUGCAAGAUGAGCGCGCCCAGACGCUCCGCCAGCCUGGCAAGCAGCAGCUCGAGUGUAGGAUCUGCAAUCGACGGUCGUGAAGCGGAACAAUCAAGCUGGACCUUGAAGAGCAGUGCGACCGUCUUUCGGCACGGUGAUCGUACGCCCAAGCAGAAGCUCAAGCGGUCGUUCAAGCCCAAAGAUGCCUGGGCCGCUCCCCUCCUGGCCCUCCUGCAAGGGCGCAAGGAAGAGAUCAUCCUCCGAUCGAAUCUGGACAUGGUCUCCAAGGCUGCGACCGAAGCUAUGCAGCUUCCUGGAGCCAAGAAACAUGAUCUGACCUUGGUCAUCGGAGCGAUAGAAAGAAAACAGGAUUUGCCCGGCACCAAGGUGCAAAUGAAGCCGAGCUUUGACACGGAUGGCAAUCUCGAGAAGAUGCAGCUCAUCAUCAAGUGGGGUGGAGAGUUCUCGCAUGCGGCUCGACAUCAAGCACGGGACCUCGGCUCAAAUUUGCGCCGCGAUAUGAUAGUUCAGAACGCAAACGCGUUGAGAAACUGCACUAUCUACACCAGUAGCGAGCGCAGGGUCACGGCUUCUGCAGAGACGUUUGCUUCUUACUUUUUGGAUGAGCCAGAAGACCCGCAGAAGAACCCGUUACAGCUCGUGAUUCGCAAAGACCUCUUGGACGAUUCUAACGCUUCGAAGACCGAAAUGGACGUCGUCAAGAAGCAGUUGAAAGCAGUCCUCAAACCGGAUGGCGCGCCAAGACCUUCAGACUGGCCCGAAGAUGCGCCUUCACCGCCUGAGCUCUGCCAACAGAUAGCACAGACACUCAGGAGUCUGCAAGCUACCAUGCUGGAAAACUACGAAAAGAUGGACGUGAACUCGAUCAGCAGGAAAUGGUGUACUGCAGAGUCGCCCGAGCUUUUUAGAGAGAGAUGGGCCAAGCUUUUUGCGGACUACGAGGACGAUCCCUACGAUCCGUCGAGAGCCAGCGAGCUCUACGACAUGCUCACUCAUGACGGUCUGCACAACAGGACAUUCGUAGAGACCAUCUUUGCCGCGCCCGACGUGCCUCAAGAGAAGCGAUUGGACAGACUUCACGAGCUGUAUCGACUGAGCUCCACAUUGUUCUCAUGGACUUGUCCGGCCGAAUACGGCGUGACUUCAGAGCAAAAGGAAUCAAUCGGAGUCCUCACGUCGAUGCCGCUGCUUAUGCACAUUAUUGCUGAUCUGAAGGCGGCGGAGAGCAAGCCUCUCUGCGCGCUCUACUUUACAAAGGAAUCGCACAUGCACACUCUUCUGAACCUGAUCCUCGCUUCGGACUUGCCAAUCUUGACCAACAAAAGACCACCUUUAGACUAUCUUAGCUGCAUUGCUUUCGAAGUGUACGAAAAGACGACGACCACGGGAACUGCAGCAAACAGCCCUCGGCCCAGCUCUGGCGAUGGAAGCAGCAACAGUAAUAGCAGCCACGGAGCUGCUCCAGCUGGCUCUAGCGGUAACAGCUCGGCGCCUAUGACUCCUAAUCCUAGCAACACGCCGCCGACGCCACCGGAGAGAUCGCUGCUGAUCAGUGUUUCUCCCGGUGCGCAUUCGAGCGAACCUUUCUUCAUCAAGCUGGACGCUAGACAUUCUUUGAGCCCUCUGCCCCGGCAGCCUCUCACUAGGCACAUGCCUCUAGACGAAGGCAUCGCUGCGCUCAGCAAUCACAAAGCUGUCGAAGCCAAUCGCGGACAGGUUGAAGGAGAGACCGUCUUCUCCGGACUGCCUCAUACCGAAAGAGGACUGCUUCAUAUCAAAAGAAGAGGUAGCGAUGUGUCUAGCCGAGCCAGCGUGGCGGGAUGAUGUUCGUAGCGUAUCCUUAUAUCUGGACCUGAAAUGUCAUGGGAAUGGAAAUCGACUUGCACCGUUGGUUUGGGUAGUCCUAGGAGCAUCAUACGCUACCCUUCGCUAUUGAUUUCAGAUCCGCGCGCGCAAAAUCGAAAUGGAAUCCAUCGGCU